AUGUCGUCUUCGCCGGCCACCACCACCACCACCUCCGCGCCGCCCAACCCGUCGCCUCCCGCACCGCCGCUCUCGCACGGGAGCCGCGACAUCCAUGGCGGAGGCCUCCGACGUCGCUCCCCUCCUCUCGCAGCAGGAGCUCUUGACGGCCAUCCGCGACCUCGCCACCGCGGUCCAGGGCAUCCGCCUGUACCUGAUCGGCACCCAGGGGAUGACCACGCCGCCGCUACCCCCGGCCAUCUCCGCCUUCUCGGCCGCGUCGGCGUUUCCGCCCUUCCGGGGCGUGCCCGCCCGGCCCCGGCCGCACCGCCCCCGGCGCCAUGGUCGCCGGGGCCGCCGGUCCCCGGUGCCGGGCCCGCCUCACUUCCCCAGGGCGUACCCAUCCAGCAGGUGCCGUUCCCGCCAUCGCCCUCACAACUCCCGGCUUGGGUGACCGCAACGGCGCCCCCGCCCGUCUACCCGACCGCGCCGGCGCCCCCGCCCGUCUACACGACCGCAGGGGACCCUCUGAGGCCCUCCUUCCCGGAGCUGGCCUACUCGCGCUUUGCGGAGCCCUACGCCGGCCGCGCGGAGUACCCCGGACAGGGCACCGCCGCACCAAACCCUCCGCGCUACGCCAAGCUCGACUUCGCCACGUACGACGGCGUCGAGGACCCCCUCAACUGGCUCAACCAAUGCGAGCAGUUCUUCCGCGGGCAGUGCACCCUCGCCUCGGCCGCACCUGGCUCGCCUCGUACCACCUCCGCGGCGCCGCCCAGACAUGCGGAACUCGGGCGCUUGGCCUUCACCACCACGGUGCAGGACUUCGCCGACCGCUUCCAAGCUCUCGCGUGCCACGCUCCCGGGGUGACAGGACCGCAGCGCGCCGAGCUCUUCAUUGGCGGCCUCCCCGACCACAUCCGUGUGGACGUGGAACUCCAGGCCCCGCAGGACCUCUAG